UUCUGUUUGGGCCUUGCUUACAAUUAGGAUCCGGUCGGCAGUAAAUCUCUAAUUUCUGUGCACUUUACGUCGAGAAAUCUGUGAAACAAGAUGUCCAAGUUGGGAGCUAUCUUGGUGGUGGGCUUGUGCCUGCUUGUGGCCGUGGCCUUGGCCGAGCCACGCCUCCAGCAAGUACAGGGGCGGAAUCAGGUGCAGGGUCAAAGGGCGCAGCAGCACCCCUACCUUUUCCUGUCUAUUCCCAAGGGUCGGGCCAAUGCCGGCGCCGUCGUCCAGGGCUUCGAGAUUGUCGAGGAGGAGGAUGACGAGGGCGAUCUACAGGAUGAGGAUCAGGAUCAGCACGAUGACGAGUUGGAGGAUGACGAGGAGCUGGAACACCAGCUGGGCCUGAACUUUGCCCGCAGCGGUCUGGCUUACAGGCAGAGCCACGAUGACGACGAACAGGACGAUGAUCAGGAUCAGGAUCAGGAUCAGGUUCAGAAUGAGCUGCCCAAGAAGCAGAUGAUGGUUAACCGGGACCAGGCUGGCGCCAUUAUGGUGCCCGAUGGCAUUAUCGAGAUCGAGGGUCAGAGUGUCCUGGACGAGAAGACCGGCAAGGCGGCUCUCCUGGUGCCUCGUGCCGCCCUGGACGCCAUUCCCGAUGGCGCGGUGGUGGCUCUUAUGGAGCGAUCCGCCUCCACCGCCGAUGAAGUCGAGGAGGAGCGUGCCAAUCGCGUCGUGGUUCGACGCCGCAAGAACAACGGACGCAGGAACAUUCGCCGCCGGGGCAUCAACAACAAUAUCCGACAACGCCGCCGCCGCCCCUCCCCCCAAAGGCGUCGCCAAGUGGGCGGCAACCGCAGGCGCAACGUUCGCGUCAUCCGCCCCCAGGGCGGCAACCGGAGGCGUGGCAACCAGAGGCGCCGCGGCCAGGUCGUCCUCCAGGGUUGAGACGCGAAACGGAGAUCGUCCCACACCCAUUUCUAUAUAGUAUUAUAGUUAAGAUCCACUACCGAUCAGGACAAGAAUUUUGACACACUUGAUAACGAUGCGACAAAUAAAAUGUGAUAUG